CUUGGCAUGAUAUCUUCUCAGAGUUUAUAAAAGUAAACUGAGCUAGUUUUUUAAUCAGUUUGCUUGAGAAUUUUGUUGUAAUCGGUUCAAAUAAAUUUUAUAAAAAAGAUAUGAGUGAUUUAAAGUACCUUACGGGUUUCGGAUCCCACUUCUCAUCAGAAGAUCCUCGUUGUCCAAAUGCUUUACCCGAGGGCCAGAAUUCACCACAAAAAUGUGCUUACGGCUUAUAUGCUGAACAAUUGUCUGGUUCAGCAUUUACAGCUCCUCGUGCGGAGAAUACCAGAACAUGGUUUUAUCGAAUCAGACCAAGUGUAAUUCAUUAUCCAUUUGAAAAAUUUGAAAAUGUACCAAAUUUGACCAGUGAUUGGAAUAAACAGCAUCCAAAUCCCAACCAGAUGAGAUGGCGCCCAUUUGAUAUUCCUGCAACUGAGAAAGUAAAUUUUGUGGAAGGGUUGCAUACAAUUUGUGGAGCUGGUGAUGCAAGAACCCGGCACGGUAUUGCCAUUCAUGUGUAUUUGUGUAAUUCCUCAAUGGAAAACACAGCAUUUUAUAACAGCGAUGGAGAUUUUCUUAUUGUACCACAGCAAGGAACUCUAAAUAUCAUUACCGAAUUUGGAAAAAUGAAAGUGGGUCCAAAUGAAAUUGGUGUUCUACAACAAGGAAUGAAGUUUUCAGUGCAAGUAGAAGGACCAACUAGAGGAUACAUUUUGGAAGUAUUCGACAAUCACUUUAAGCUACCUGAUCUUGGGCCAAUUGGAGCUAAUGGAUUAGCCAAUCCGAGAGAUUUUCAAACACCAGUAGCAUUUUUUGAAGAUAUUGAAAUAAAUGAAUACAAGAUAAUUACCAAAUUCCAAGGCGCUUUAUUUUUGGCAAAACAAAGGCAUUCACCAUUCGAUGUAGUCGCUUGGCAUGGAAACUAUGUGCCCUACAAAUAUGACCUUUCUAAAUUUAUGGUCAUAAAUUCUGUUAGUUUUGAUCAUUGCGAUCCAAGUAUUUUCACGGUUUUAACAUGCCCCAGUGAAAGACCGGGAACUGCUAUAGCAGACUUUGUUAUUUUCCCUCCAAGAUGGUCGGUUCAGGAGAAUACCUUUAGACCUCCUUACUAUCACCGAAACUGCAUGAGCGAAUUUAUGGGACUCAUAUUGGGAAAAUAUGAAGCUAAAGAAGACGGAUUCAUGCCGGGUGGAGCUUCUUUACAUUCAAUGAUGACACCACAUGGACCCGAUAAGAAGUGCUUCGAAGGAGCUUCUAAUGCAUUACUCAAGUCGGAAAGGAUAGCUGAUGGAACUCAGGCAUUUAUGUUUGAAUCUUCACUGAGCAUGUCUGUAACGAGGUGGGGUGAAGUUACUUGUCAAAAACUGGAGGCGAAAUAUUACGAAUGCUGGCAAUCAUUGGAGAAGCAUUUUAAAAUGCCAAAAUAAAAUUGUUGCUAGGCUAGAUAUUCAAUUGCUGAUAUUAAAUUUACUUGUUUUUAAUUU